AUGGCCUCCUCAGCUCGCUAUCCGGCUGCUGAGGAGGAGGACACGUGGGUCAUUUCUUCUGAGCAGCAGGAAGUGCCACGAGCUGAAGCAGAGGAGAUUGCAGAUGAGAUUUUCUCACUGUUUAUGGCUGCAGAGGGCGAUUCGUCUUCAGUGACAGCAGCAGCAGCGGCUUCAGUGACAGCAGCAGCAGCGGCUUCAGUGACAGCAGCAGCAGCGGCUUCAGUGACAGCAGCAACAGUGGCUUCAGUGACAGCAGCAGCAGCGGCUUCAGUGACAGCAGCAGCAGCGGCUUCAGUGACAGCAGCAGCAGCGGCUUCAGUGACAGCAGCAGCAGCGGCUUCAGUGACAGCAGCAGCAGCGGCUUCUGUGACAGCAGCAGCAGCGGCUUCUGUGACAGCAGCAGCAGCGGCUUCAGUGACAGCAGCAGCAGCGGCUUCAGUGACAGCAGCAGCAGCGGCUUCAGUGACAGCAGCAGCAGCGGCUUCAGUGACAGCAGCAGCAGCGGCUUCAGUGACAGCAGCAGCAGCGGCUUCAGUGACAGCAGCAGCAGCGGCUUCAGUGACAGCAGCAGCAGCGGCUUCAGUGACAGCAGCAGCAGCGGCUUCAGUGACAGCAGCAGCAGCGGCUUCAGUGACAGCAGCAGCAGCGGCUUCAGUGGCAUUGCAAGGGAAGUGGCGUCAAGAGCAUUGGGAAGGGCCAGCAUCAUCAGCACUGAGAAAGGAGCAGCAUGAUGAGGUUGGACGUGCGAGAUCUGUAGUGAGGGAAGCAGCUUCACAAACGUUGGUUGCCCUUUUGAGUGGAGCUCUCAGGGAAGGCCCAGCAUCAUCAGCACUGGGAAAGAAGCAGCUGGAAAAAGUCGCAGGCAGGAGAUUUGGAGCUUGGAAGGAUGCUUUAAGGAUGUCAUGGGUAGCGGCAGGCAGGAGAUUUGGAAGUUGGAAGGAUGGUUGGAUGAUGUCAUGGGUAGCGGCAAUAAGGCCUCCAUGGAGGCCCUAA